GUCACUGUGAGAUCUUAUUACCCGUGUUGUGUCCGAUGUUUCUCCUUCAUCAGGAAGCCAUUGAGACAUUCAAAGAGGCCUUGAAGUUGAAGUCUGACUUCAUAGAUGCAUAUAAGAGCCUUGGGCAGGCCUACAGAGAACUGGGGGAUUUUGAAUCUGCUAUGGACAGCUUCCAGAAAGCCCUAAUGCUUAACCAGAACCACAUCCAGUCUCUCCAGCUCCGAGGCAUCAUGCUGUACCACCACGGCUCUCUGCAGGAGGCCAUUGGGAACUUUAAGCGUUGUCUCCAGUUGGAGCCGUACAACGAGGUGUGUCAGUACAUGAAGGGCCUGAGCCAUGUGGCCAUGGGUCAGUUCUACGAGGGCAUCAAAGCUCAGACUAAAGUCAUGCUGAACGACCCUCUGCUGGGACAAAAGGCCAGCUCAGAGUACCUCAAAGUGAAAUACCUCCGAGGUGGGUGAGCCUACGCUUAUAUAAAACCAAAAACGACGACUGUCCUGUAACAGAGGGUUAAUGCUGUAUCAUUCAGUACCUGCUAAGGGACUUUUGACUCUUUUCAAAAUUGGCAGUUUUUGAGACAUGCAAGACUUUGUUUAGGAAUCAUGAAAAUACACAAUCAACCCAAAACUCUUCAUCUGUGUCUUAGCUGAGUUUCUGUAGUUGCGUAUACUCUGACAUUCACCUGUUACUCCAACAAUAAUAGGUUUGCAUACAUCAGCAUGUUCUAUUUAUUAUGAAUGUAAUUUAGCCUUUUUUUGUUAAUAAACACCAGUGAAAGCAUUUAUUUGUAUUGGAAAUAGUCAAAAGACAAAA